AUGUCCUUAGAUGGAGACUUCUCCAGCGUCAAGGGCUUGGAUGGUCUGAGUGCCAUUCCGGUCUAUCCCCUCAUGCUUUACGUCAGUGUGCAGAAUUCGCUGGCGAGCAUGAGCGCAUUGAAGCAGAUUCAGAAGUGCGUCGGCCAGCGGCCCAACAAGCUGUGGUCCUGCACUGAGAAGCUCUUCAGAGAUGCUUGGAUCCAGGAGCAUGACAAAGGCAUCAAGAAGAUUCAAGAGAGCUCCGGUGAUGCGCGCAAGGCAGCACUGGCAGCGGUCGUGAACUGCCGGCGAUGGAAGGGCAACCCAGGUGAGUUCAUUUUGCAGCCCUUCCCGGGUGAGCUGCCUCCGACUCAUACUGCGGAUUUCUUUUGGACCUUGGCAGAUGAUUGGAUGGCGACAGGCUUCGAUGAGCUCUUGGUGAAGAUGGUCAGUUCGAAUCCUCAAGAACGCCCCAGGCCCAGCGAAGUCUUAGAAUCCAAUUGGUUCAAGACAGACUCUGUGACUGAGCAGGGCAAACCUGUGGAGUACACUUGCCCAGAGAUGCCAGUGGCAGAUUUUGCCGUGCUUUCGAGUAUGUUCACUGCCACUGGGACGGGAGAGGGUCUCGUGCCGCGUGCCACCCCUGACACCGCGGGACGAUGGAGGGCGCCCCCAGCCGACAUCAGGUGA